AUGGACCCACGAUACGGGGCCCAGCCUCAAAUGCAUCGAACACCUUCGCCGGGUCAGCCGCACCAGCAGGGCUAUCAGCUCGACGAUAAUCCCUUCGACGAUGGCCGCUAUGGACAAUAUGGCCCUUCCCAGCAGCAUCUAGCCAUGCCCUCGGGCCCUGAUCCUCACCGAUUACCUACGCCCAGCGACCAUUUAAACCUCAAUGCUGCACAAUCCGUCGACAACUUAUCUGGCUACGGUCCCAGUACUGGCCCAAGCCCCGGUCCCGGCGACUACGCCAUGAACCCCGAAGCGCAUCACGAUGCCUACUACAACCAACCCUACGAGCCUCGGCCUACACAGUCACGAUAUGACUCGGCCUAUGACCAGGAAUACGAACAACCUUAUGAAGAAUCCGACAACAGGCCUAUGCUUCCUCAUCAACAGUCAGAGGCUCCUAGCGAGCAAUACCAAGACCAACCCCAACAGGGCGGUGGAAUCAAACGCUGGAAAACGGUCAAGCAAGUUCUCUUGUACCGUGGUAACCUUGUUUUGGAUUGUCCUGUUCCUCCCGUUCUCCUGCAGCAAAACCCCCACGGAGAGCGUGAUGAGUUCACUCAUAUGCGAUACUCGGCCGCGACUUGCGAUCCCAAUGAUUUCUAUGAUCAAGAUUUCACCCUGCGACAGAGACUCUUCACCAAGCCUCGGCACACGGAGCUGUUCAUUGUUGUGACAAUGUAUAACGAAGACGAUAUUCUGUUUGCCCGUACCAUGACUGGUGUUUUCAAGAACAUCGAGUACAUGUGUAACCGUCCCAACAGUAAGACAUGGGGUAAAGACGCCUGGAAAAAGAUCGUUGUCUGUGUCGUUAGCGAUGGUCGUUCCAAGAUCAACCCCAGAACCAAGGCCUUGUUGGCCGGUAUGGGUGUUUAUCAAGAGGGUAUCGCGAAGCAGCAGGUCAACGGAAACGAUGUUACAGCCCAUAUUUACGAGUACACCACGCAAACCCACCUUCAGAUCAAGAACGACGUUGUGCAGCUUGUCCACAGACGCCAGCCAGUUCAGAUGCUGUUUUGUUUGAAGGAAAAGAACGCCAAGAAGAUUAACUCGCAUCGAUGGUUCUUUACGGCCUUUGGCAGAGUCCUUGACCCCAACAUUUGUGUCCUUCUCGAUGCCGGUACGCGACCCGGUGGAAGCUCAAUUUACCAUCUAUGGAAGGCUUUUGAUCUUGAGCCCAUGUGCGGUGGUGCUUGUGGUGAGAUCAAGGCUAUGUUGGGUACUGGUGGAAAAUACCUCCUGAACCCUUUGGUUGCGGCCCAGAAUUUCGAGUACAAGAUGAGCAACAUUCUCGAUAAGCCUCUGGAAUCGGCUUUCGGUUUCAUCUCUGUGUUGCCUGGAGCCUUCUCGGCCUACCGCUACGUUGCUCUCCAGAACGACAAGAACGGAAAGGGACCUCUAGAAAAGUACUUCUUGGGUGAGACGCUCCAUGGAGGAAGCGAAGCCGGUCUUUUCGAAUCCAACAUGUACCUCGCUGAAGAUCGUAUUCUUUGUUUCGAACUGGUCACCAAACGCAACUGCCAUUGGAUUCUUCAAUACGUCAAGUCUGCCACCGGUGAGACUGAUGUCCCCGACACUGUGACAGAGCUGGUCCUCCAGCGACGUCGUUGGUUAAACGGUUCUUUCUUCGCUGCUAUCUACGCUAUUGUUCACUUCCUCGACUUCCUCCGCUCUGAUCACACUUUCCUGCGAAAGUUUGCUUUCUUCAUCGAAUUCAUUUUCAACACUAUCAACAUGAUCUUCGCUUGGUUCGCUAUUGGUAACUUCUUCCUGGUUUUCAAGAUUCUCACGACAAGUUUGGGAGACGAUACUUUACUGGGACGGACAGGAGAAAUCUUGGGCGUUGUCUUUACCUGGCUUUACGGCGUCUUCUUGAUUACUUGUUUUGUGUUAUCUCUGGGUAAUCGACCAGCAGGUUCUGGUAAACUCUAUUCUGCCAUGUGUUACUUCUGGGCUAUUAUCAUGGUUUAUCUGAUGUUUGCUGCAAUCUUCAUCUCGGUCAAGGCUAUCAUCGCAGACGUUAACGACGAAAACGGUUUUAACAUUUCCGACAUCUUCAAGAAUAAGGUCUUUUACAUGCUCAUCAUCUCGCUCAUGUCGACAUACGGUAUCUGGUUGAUUGCUUCCCUGAUCAUGCUGGAUCCCUGGCACAUGGUUACAUCUUUCCUCCAGUACAUGCUUCUUACUCCCACAUUCACCAACGUUCUGAACGUGUACGCUUUCUGUAACACACACGAUGUUUCUUGGGGUACCAAGGGUGACGACAAGGUUGAGAAACUUCCUUCGGUCAACACCAAGGACGGUGCUGGAAAGACGGACUUGCCUGACGAAGGCGAUUUGAACGCGCAGUACCAGCGAGAACUUAGCGUCUUCUCCCAGAAGGAGGUGGUUAUCAAGACCGAACCCACUCCCAGCCAGCUUCAGGAGAGGCAAAUGGAUUACUACAGAGGUGUCCGUACUGGUGUCGUACUCAUCUGGAUGGUCACCAACUUCGGUCUGGCAGCGCUCGUCCUGAGCUCGGCCGGCCUGGACCGAAUCAGCACCAACAAGGACAAGGAGGCAGACCAGCUGAGCCGCUCCAACAUCUACAUGUCUAUCGUGCUAUGGAGUGUGGCAGGUCUGAGCGCAUUCAAAUUCAUCGGAGCGAUGUACUUCCUCGUGGUCAGAAUGUUCAGAGGUGUUUGA